UCUCUACUGCGAUGCACGCUCGACGCCAAAUCAUGAGUGUAUAAAAUGAGGUGUGCCUAGUGCGUUCGUUAUUGCGUCGCUGCCUCUCGCGUGUCAUUUUCUCUUCGGAUUCUAUCGGUGCUGUGUCUACUGGGAUGCACUCCGAAGCGUCUACCUUCGCGGCAUCUGUGAAACGUGGUCCCCCACUGAAGCACGCCGCAGAAGACGAAGCAAGGGAACAAAAAAAGGAAUGCCGUGCAAGUUUACAACGUGCAGCACGUCACACGUAUGAAUACCUAAGCGAAAGCUUUCCCCAAAGCGACUACAAUUAUUUCGAAUUCCCACACGUACUCUGCACUGCCGAGCAACGUCAUGAGGGUGCUUGCAGUACUUUACACACUGUUAGGGAGCGCCGUACUGCGUUCCUGCUGCGAGCCUUCGUCACCUUCGCGCCCCACUGCCGACGACGAGGACGAGUACGCGGAACUGAGUCCCGCGGAGGUCGAAGACGUGAACAGAGCCUUCAGGCGCUUCCUCGACGGAGCGGCGGCGUACUCCAGCGACGACGGCGCAGCGUCAGCUCCCAUUACGAUCGCCGGUCUGGUGGGCGUCUUUGAAGUUGCCCGGAACCUGGCUCACCUGCGGCCGCGCUCACCCCAGGCCGUCGACCCAAGCUUCCUGAUCUACACGAACUCAAAAAAUGGAAGCGGCAGACCUUCGGACGAGCCUGCGCGAGAACCCGUGGUUACUUUGCGCCACGACGGGGACUUCGGCGCCGUGGCCAAGCACCUGGACCGCGACCAGACCCUCUAUUUCGUUGUCCAUGGCUACCGCAGCAAGGGCUCCGCGCAUUGGGUGCAGCGAAUCAAGGACGAAAUACUCGCCGUGGAGGACGCCACCGUGGUCGUCGUGGACUGGUCGCGGGCCUCGCGGGUCGCCAACUACAGCCUGGCCGCGCGCAGCACUCGCACAGUGGCACGGCUCGCGGCCACCAUGGUCAAGACGCUGGUGGAGGCCGGCGUGCUGGUCCCCUCGCGCAUCCACUACAUCGGCCACAGCCUGGGUGCUCAAGCGGGGGGAUUCUUCGGGCAGGACGUGCUCGCGCUCACGGGAUCCAAAGUGGGAAGAAUAACUGGCCUCGACCCGGCCGGCCCGUUGUUCGAGUACUUCGACGCUUACGUGCGCAAAGAGCACGCUGACUUUGUGGACAUCAUCCACACCAGCAUGGGCAUGGGCUUCAACUUCGUCCGCGGUCGCCUGGGCAUGACCACGGAAUCGGGACACGUGGACUUCUACCCGAACGGGGGAAAGCACCAGCCCGGAUGCAAAAGCCUUGGACGCCUGGACUGCUCCCACUCCCGUGCCACACUGUACUACGCCAACUCGAUCCGUACCUGCAGCUACCCGGCGCUGCCUUGCUACGACUACGGCGCCUUCGAGAGCCGCCGGUGCACGUCCUGUGACCGGACGCCCUGCGGUGUCAUGGGGCACAACGCCAGUGCGAACUUGCGCGGAAGGCACUUUCUCAGCGUGUCCUCCCAGUACCCGCACUGCCCAGGCGGAGCCAUGGCACGAACCGCUUCUCUAGUCCUAGUUCUCUCAACGCUUUUGAGUGUGUCCACGAGGUUUAUUUACCGCUAGACAAUGAGAUGGUUCGCGAGACAUUGCGGCUGUGGAAGCGCCGGAGCAGGGGUAAAGCUUUAGGGCUCGGAUUGUGACUAGGAGAGUGAAACAGGUCGCAUUAGUUUCAACGUCAUUUUCAACGUCAUUUUCAACGUCAUUUUCAACGUCACUUUCAACGUCGAGAUUACGCGACAGGGCCGAGUCAGCACUGUUACGAUGAGAAGGGGCCUUGAGAAGUGGGAAAUGUGAUUCCAGUUAUUGCGAGAACGUCUACUGGAUUCAGAGAUAUCUCAUGGUAACGUAUCGACGUUACUGCAAUUUCAGGGUGCGUAAAAAUUUCCACGGGCCUACUACUUUCUCUUCACGGAAGGAAUACUGGAUGAAUACGGUAUUUUUACAACUGCAAUCUAGUUUGGUAAAAAAGUAAAACUAGAAAAUUACUGCAGCGCAAUAAUUAGUUCGGCCUACAUUAACCCCUUAACUGCCUUGACAAAUAAAAAAAAUAAUUGAUAGUGCGGUAGUAUGUUAAACCUGCAUGCAUCGCGCCAAUUUAAAUAUAUAUAUAAUACCAGGGAUACCUAUUGCAUUUUUACUAUGGUUCUUGAAAAAAGAGAUAGCAAACGUCACUGACUACGGUUUAUUUGUCAAAAUUGCAAGAAACGGCAGAUAUACACAUGUGCAAAAAUGGCGGAAAGUUCAGGACAAGUUAGCUCGUCGUUCGGCACCAUAGGACGCUCACUGCGAAGACGAGUUACCUUGUCAUCGAUAGCGACGGGGUUAAGUCAUCUAUUUCUCACCCAUCUGUCUGACGGUAUUUCUUAAUUAAAUAUACAGAUAAAUCAAUGUGGCCCACGUAGUACUAGCUAGUGAAAAGUGUGAGAAAUGCAGUCGUCAAAGGGUCACAUGAAUUGCAGUAACUGACUCGACUAUCGCAGUGCACUUGUAUAUAUGAAAAAGGAAGUUAUUUCUUCCCUACACAAGUCCUGCUCUAAAGAAACAGCGGGAUCCCAUACAUCCCCAUGGCUAGGGCCCAAGCAUGUCCCAAGCCGAACUAAGAGGCUAAAAUUGUUAAAUUCUUGCUUUUAGCUAUAUAUGUAACUUCGUUAACUUAACAUAAGCACCUGUCGCUCACGAAGAACUAGUCGCCUUUGUUAACUGUGACACAAAGAACUAUCUUCGCCGCAGUUUAAACAUUUAUAAAUAGUGAGCAGUAACAUUUAUACACCUUUUAUUAUUCUAGGGUGAAAUGUGUUUUUUUUUAAUCACUGAUUUAAACAAGCCUGUAAAAUACACGAGCUGAGCUUUUUUUUUCUGUGCUGAAAUGCCGCUCAUAUAUGCAGAAUGACUUUCCAUACCUUGGUCCAUUUCUUUUAUACAACGGUUCAGGGAAUGAUAAAGUGGAGAAAUAAAAAUGUUAGAAUAACAGCAGUAUUACUUUACAAAACUGUUGAUUGAAUUUUGGUUGUUAGAAAAAAAGUUUUUGCAUGUUUGUGACUUCGCGGUUGAGUUUACUCUCGCGAUCGCUCGAAAUUACAGCAAUGGGACCAAAUGUCUUCUCAUGGGAUUUAUUUGAGAAAAAGGUAAUUUCCUUUUUUAUUUCAUAGGUUGCCUGGACUGGAUUGCGAUUACUUUCCCGUCACUGGCAUCGAGGAAAGUAAAGUUAUGUUUGAGGGAGCCAAACUGUGUCACUCAAUGUAAUCUGAUUUUUAAUGGUCAGGCGAUGAAAAAAGAAAGAUGUUACUUGAACAUUAUACACUAACGGCUAUCGAACAGUCGUUAGCGCAAUACGCUCAUGUUCUUUUUUAGAAAUCCAGCGCUGAGGAAGCAACCUCUAGCUGCCCCUUAAUUGACUAACCUCUAACUACGCCUUAAAAGUGUUUCGCCGCAAGAAAACUAACCGUAAGGAAAAGUUAGCUAUGUUGGUGAAAGAUGUUGGUGAACGAGGCCGUGAAGGAACAGCCAGAGGUGAAUUGCGGACUUAGAGGUCUCGUUACUUUCAGAAAAGCAUUUCGAAAAUUUUAUAUAGUAAUUUUAGAAGAAAAAAAAAAGAAGGAAAAGAAAAGCGACAACUUGCCCACGUAUGCUUCGCUAUAGCGUAGGAUGCGCACCGCGGAGUGCGAAGAAAACAUCCGGUGAUAUUUCAGUAAAGUCUCUUCUUUGUCCAUGUUUUUUGCGACAACCUUUAAAAUCGUGAAUCCUCAACAACUCGCUCAGCCUGAUUAGGCUUCAGAACGCGAACUUAUCUACGUCUUCUGCCCGAACACUUUAAUUCGAGUUGUAACACUUGCUGAGGCUUCCUGCAACACAUGUUCAGAGAACUCGUUUGACUUGUCAGUUGCAAAAAAGAAACGACAAAAAGACAAUAGAAAAGAAAAUUAGGACAAAAGACAGAAAAAAAAAUGAGAACCCUCAGCCUGUACAUAAGCGUGCACAGAAAGUGCUCGAGCUAAUUAUACGAGUUAAGCGUAAUUUCUGCCCAACUCGUAGCGCACUUUUGUUGGUUAUCGCGGCGCGAGAACGAUAAAAAGGUGCUCCUCUCUCGACUUCCUUUAUUUUCUUUUUUCGACGACAGUUGUCAUAUAGAGUAUUAUUUUAUAUGUAUGUCGAAAUAUUUGUGUUUCACAUGUAUUGAUCCAGUGCUUCGGUACAUAUUUUGUCGUUGACCUAGCAAUCACAGUGGAUGUGGCACUGCAGUCAAAUCCGGACGACUACGGGAUAUUUCCGAGUGCGGGUGUGUGCGUGCGUGCAUCAGCAUUGCUGUUAUCGCUUUAACGUUCCAUGUCAUUAUGAUUGUGUGAAACUAUGUUUUGUGUGACGUUCAUGUCUCUCUGUGUGACGCAUGUUCCUGUGUGCAACACAUGUGAUUGCGUCUGACUGUGUCGCACAUUAAUAAACUCGGCGUGACAACGGUCACGCCGAUAGUCUCAGAUA